UGUACCUAUUGAAGGUUAGAAAAUUAUUAUUUUUUCGAAAAUGUCUAAAAAGAUAAAUAAUUUAAAAUGGGAAUCAGUCGCUUUCGAUGGAUUUCCAACAUCUAUGAUGGAUAAAGGUUUUGUUGCUUUAGAAGAAUGCACGGACUAUGGCUUAGACAAGAACACCCGACGAAGCAAGGCAAGACAACCUGAAAAGCGUAAGAACAUUGAAAAUAUAAAUCCGCAGACUGCUAAAUCUGAAAUACCACAGAAAAAAAUUAAAUUAUGCAAUGGUUUCACUGUAGAGGCUUGCAAAAAAAUCACUCCAUCUACUACCAAUGAAGCAAAAGAAACGAAACAAAAACGAAAAAGAAAGGAGAAAAAGAAUAAAAUAAAAAAAGAUAAACAAGAUUCCACAAAUGAUAAAAGUGAAUCAAAGGCCACAGUAAAAACGAAUCGGAAACCAAAAUUAGGUGAAAACAUAUCAGGAGAAACAUCAGACUUAACACCGGUGGAUAUGCUAUCUUGGGCUGAAUUUAAAUUGCCCGAUGAGAUUAUGAAAGCAUUAAUGGAGUUAGGUUUUAAGAAGCCUACUAAAAUUCAACAAUUGUCUCUACCAGCAGCUAUCCAUGGUCGAAGAGAUAUAUUGGGUGCAGCGGAAACAGGCAGUGGAAAGACCCUAGCCUUUGGGCUUCCAAUCCUAUCUGGUAUAAUGAAAUUAAAAGAAAAGGCUGCGCUUAAAGGACUUGAUGUUUAUGACAUACCUUACAGAAAGACUUUAGUUAAAAAGAAAAAUGAUAAUAUUAUUAAUAAAGAUAAAAAAAAUAAUAAGAAUAAAAAGUUUAGGAAAGAAAACAAACAAGUUAGAUCUAAGAAAGAAGUAAUCAAAGAAUCAUCAGAAGAUGGUUAUAGCAGUGGUGAUGAUGAUGAAAAUGUCAAACAAUUUAGUAUUAAAAAAACUAGAAGCAAAGGAAAGAAAGAUGAAGGUGAAUAUAUAGAAGAAAUAGUUGUACCGAUCAAGAAAAAAGAAGAAUCAAUUGAUGAAGGCAAUGAUAGUGAUGAACAAAAUUACAUUCAUUUAUCAGAUAUGUUGGACUCUGAUGAUCUGAAAUCAAGUAGCGAUGAAAAUAAUGAUAGUAGUGAAGAUGAAAAUUCUGGUGAUGAAACUGAAGGGGUUGAUGAAGUUGAUAAAAAUGAAGAUAUUGGUUGUGUUAAAGUAAUAGACAACGUAGACUUGCCUGGACAUGUGACGGUUAAAACUGGGAAGCCGCUGUAUUGUCUCAUCUUGACACCGACAAGAGAAUUAGCGUUGCAAAUUAGCAGACAUUUGAUAGCUGUAGCUAAGUACACAGGUAUAAAAGUAGCGACAAUUGUGGGUGGUAUGGCGGCCGUGAAGCAAGAAAGAGUUUUGCGUACAGGUCCUGAGAUAGUUGUAGCAACACCAGGUCGGUUGUGGGAGCUGCUCAACCAGGGGCAACCGCAUUUACAACAGUUGCCUACUGUCAAGUUUCUGGCAAUAGACGAGACGGAUCGUAUGAUAGAACGCGGACACUUCGAGGAGUUACAACCCCUGCUGGAGAGGAUUAACUCAGACGAAUCACAAAAGAACGCCAGACAGAACUUCGUAUUUUCGGCGACACUUACAUUGGUGCACGAUCUGCCAACGCAUAUGAAGGGUAAAAAGGUAACAAAAAGAGGAAAGAUAUUAAACAGGAAGGUAGAAAAGAUGACGCCGCAGCAGAAAAUCAAGAGAUUAAUUAAUAUGAUCGGAAUGACGGAUCCGAAAGUUGUAGACAUUACCACACAGCUAGGUACAGCGGAGACGCUAACAGAGAGUCGCAUUGCCUGUUCCUUAGAUCAGAAGGAUGUGUAUCUCUAUUAUAUAUUAAAAAGACACCCGGGACGAACGAUAGUGUUCUGUAAUUCGAUUGGCAGUGUUAGGAGGUUAGCUCAAUUAUUGUCGCUGUUGAAAUGUCAGCCAUUACCGUUGCACGCGAGUAUGCCUCAACGACAGAGACUGAAAAAUCUUGAAAGAUUCCGUGACGACCCGCUCGGUGUACUUGUAGCGACUGAUGUCGCAGCCAGAGGAUUGGACAUACCUAAUGUUGAUCACGUGAUACACUAUCAAGUACCUAAGACAGCGGAGAAUUACGUGCAUAGAAGUGGUCGUACGGCUCGCGCUACCAAGGAAGGUCUAACUAUACUUAUGAUGGAGCCCGCUGAAGCCUACUCUUAUGCGAAACUCUGUAGGACUCUCAAUAAAACUUCGGAGAUCCCGUCGUUCCCGGUGUCGGCGCUCAGCCUGGUGCCCAGCAAGGAGCUGGUGGGCGCGGCGCGCGCGCUGGAGGCGCUGCAGCUGCGCGCGCGCCGCGCCCGCCUCGCCGCCGGCUGGCGCGCGCGCGCCGCCGCCGACAUGGACAUGAUCAUCGACGACGACGACGUUCCUGAGGUAAAAGUUGACCCUUCUAUAGACAAGGCGUUACGUAUUAAAAAGAGACAAUUGGAGUCUAUGCUCGCAAGGCCGUUGUUCCCGACGGGAUUCUCUUUCAAGUACCCCACUUUGAACGAUCCUAAUGCUCUACAAGUAACGUCAGAAGAAAACGCAUUGCAGGUAAUGAAAAAUGCACUGGAGUCUGGAAAAUUGAAAAAAGAUAAAAGGAAAGGCAAGAACGAGUCUCUACUCAAUUUAGGAAAGGUAUUUAAGAAAACAGUGAAGAUUUAACUUAUUCGAAGACUAAUAGAAAUAAAACUAUCUAUAGCUGACUGUUUAUAUUAUAUUUAUAAUAAUGGGCGUAAA